UUUCUCCUCCCACUUCAUCAAUCACUAAUCUGCUAUGUUUGCGUUACAGAUAAUGUCUAGAACAAACAAGCACAUUUUUAAAUAUACUAAUUAUAAUUCUGCCGAGUGUCUUUGAACGAAAUAAAACAAGACUGAAUGAAAACAGUGCAAAUAAAUUAAAACAACAACUUCUUGGAAUUGUGGGGAGGUGGAAGUAACAGCUAAAAGUUCAUCGAGGACUGGAAGUGCGAGUACAUUCGCGGACUAUUUGACCGUAAUUUUGACGAAUAUGACUAAACUAGGAUAACCAUGAAAUAACCACACCGAACAGUGAGGAUACAUACUACAAGCAGUGAACCUCUGGGAGUGAAAAACCCUUGGAUUAAUCCUUGAGAGCAAAAAAUAACUUAGGCCAUUUGUUUGAAGUGAAGUUUCAAAAUGGCUGCAAUGGAUUCUGUAACUUUCAAAAACAUUUUAGUUUUACUUUCGUGCGCUUUAGUUUGUGUAGUUGGUGGAGAUGAUAUGAGAUGUAACCAUGUGGCGACUUCUUAUUAUGACCUUGGCUUAAAUCGCAAAGAUGUCCCCGCGAUCGCCGUACAAGGAGAGCACCUACAGAUCUGCCCACAGGGUUACACAUGCUGCACGCGGCAAAUGGAGGAUAAUCUCGCAAAGAAAAGUGAAGAAGUAUUUAAUAAAGCAAUGGCGGAUACUUUAUCAGUAAUCCGAACUUCCUUCAUCUCAAGGGCUGCUAAAUUUGAUGAAUUUUUCUCACAACUUAUCGACAACUCAUAUAGAGAUCUUCAUUCAAUGUUCACAACAACUUACGGACUUCUUUACCAACAAGAUAGCGAAGUAUUUAAGAAUUUAUUUACUGACUUGAAGGCGUAUUAUCACGGCACAGAUCACAAUCUUUCAGACCUUCUCGAUAGAUUUUUCGAGACUUUACUCCAAAAAGUAUUUGUGUUGAUGAACCAACAGUAUAAGGUGGAUAGUAAAUACCUUAUGUGUGUCACGGAACAUAUGGAUCAAUUAGCGCCAUUCGGGGACGUCCCCGCGAAAUUGACAAUUCAGAUCCGACGGGCGUUUCUCGCUGCAAGGACGUUUGUUCAGGGUUUGAAGGUUGGAAGAAAUGUCAUCUUGGACACAGCACGGUUGCUGCCUUCUGGCUCAUGUAAGAAAGCUGUCACAAAGAUGUUGCACUGUCCCUACUGUCGGGGCAUGCCCUCUGUGAAACCUUGCAACGACUAUUGUGUCAACGUCAUGAAGGGAUGCUUGGCACAUUAUGCAGAACUGGACCGAUCUUGGAACAAGUAUAUAGAUGCCAUGUACAAGGUUGCAGAGCGACUUGAAGGCCCCUUCAACAUUGAAGCAGUUGUGGACCCCUUAGAUGUUAAAAUAUCCGAGGCAAUUAUGAACUUACAAGAAAACAGUGCUGAUAUCAAUGAUAAGGUUGCAUCUGGCUGUGGAGAACUAGAGUUGGACAACAGUAGGAAGAAGCGUGACACCACCGAAGAUGCCAUUAUUACUGAUAAAGAAAAACGUGGCACAAGAAACAAGAACUUUAUGCGUAACAAAGAUGCUCACGUCCGUCCCACAACAGCUGCAGGAACAAACCUCGACACUCUUGUGAGAGGUAUCAAGAAGAAGAUUGAAGACGCAAAGAAAUUCUUCAGUAAUAUGCCAUACGCGAUUUGUAAUGACGAGAUGCUUGCAGCGCCACCUAGUAACAAAGAUGAGUGCUGGAAUGGCAUGGAACAAGCAAGGUACCAACCAGAGAUCGUGUUAGAUGGCCUAGUAAACCAAAACAACAACCCAGAAGUCGAUGUUGACGUAACACGUCCUCAUAGUAUUAUCCAACAACAGAUACUACAACUUAAAACUGUAGAACAAAAACUAAAGGCUGCUGCUAAUGGUAUUGAGGUUGACUACAUGGAUAUUGAUGAUGAAAUAGGCGCAUCUGGAAGUGGUAGCCACGGUGGAAGCGGCUCAGGUGGUGGUUAUACAUAUGGAAGUGGUGAUGGUGGUAAAGAUGAAAUCUAUGUCGUCGUAUCACCAACGACACCACCAAGAAAAACCUUACCCCCUAUAAAAAGACCAAACAGUGCCACCUAUAUGUCAGUGACAGUACUUACCAUUAUACUCCCCAUCUUCACAGUGUUGCUAAACAGGCAAUGGUGGAAUAGAAAAAUAAAGCAGAUUGCGAAAGUAGAGGAUGGCAUCAUACACAGAAGAGAAUGGCUAUCGUCUCAAGGUGGAGAUACUAGGCCAUAG